GACACAUAGGGCACAUGGUGCAACUUGAGCAACAGGCCCAUGAAGAUAUGCAGUAAGGUGUUUCAGCCAGAUAAACAGCCUUGGGGGGAAUUUGUAUACUAGCAGAAUUUAAGGAGGACUUGAAAUCAGACAGGAAGGCGGUUUGGCACUGAAACAUGAGGCAAUUGCAGCUGUUUUGGAUUACAUUUGCUUUAGAAACAGCUGCAAGGGGGUGAAAGAGCGAGCGUCAAGGCAGCAAUACAAAAGAAUACUUUUUUUUUUUAAACAGUAGAACGUGUGUUCAGUGGACUGAAGAGUUCCUAUCUGCACCAUGGGGAAGUCAGCCUCAAAGCAAUUUGCAGAGGAGGUUCUGCAGUGCCAUAACGAGUAUAGGAAGAAGCACCAGGCUCCAGCACUCAAACUGAACAGCAAGCUGAGCAGAGAGGCCGCCCGUUACGCUGAAAGCCUGGCUAGCACACGCAUCCUAAAACACAGCGAGGAGUCGAGUAGGGGAAGCUGUGGAGAGAACCUGGCGUGGGCCUCCUACGACCAAUCGGGAAAGGAUGUGGCCGACCGCUGGUACGAUGAAGUGAAACAGUACAACUUCAACUCUCCUGGAUUCUCCUCUGGAACUGUGCACGCACGGCCUUGGCUCGCGACACAUUUGCCUGAGCCAUCACCAGCUCCACGUCCCUCUGCUCCAGACCCCCGUCGUCCACCUGAAGCGACAGCAUUGGGGCGAUUUUGUCGUCACGCCGCGCAGAUCCGCUCAGGACGUAGCGGUCCUCCGCGGAGCGGAGCGUCUGGAUGCUGUCCGAAUGGGCCUGCAGCUCCUUUGGAAAAAUGUCACAAAGACAGCAUGAUUGCACUCACCAGUUGUGACUCACCAAGAUGGAUGGAGUCCUGCAGCAUGGAGCAGCUGGCGGCAUCGAAUACAACCACUCUGCCCCCACUGAGGCCCACCCACAGCUUGGGAUUCAUCUCAUCCUUUGAGUCAUCGCAUGUCAACUGACCUGUACAAGAGAAGAUGGCCUUUCACUGAAUGAAAGUCUGGAUACUGAUUAAAUGUACUGAAUUAUCACGCUGGAAGAAGUGACAAUGGUACAAAGGCGGGAUUGAAGGCAUUAUGUGCAAGAAUUGUUCACCUGUCAAAUUAAUUCAAGCUCCACAUGGACAGGGAUCGCAUAUUAGCUUUUUGGUACAAAUACAUCUUUGGGGGUUGUUUAUAUUUUUUUUAAGUCACGCAAUUAAAAAAGGUCUGACAAGAGAGCAAGAAUACUCAAUGGACGGACCGUGGCUGUAUCAAAAGAAUUAUGUGGAUUUGUUCCAUUUGACCCAA